AUUCGUUCAUGAUAUCAUUAUCUCAUCCUAGGUUUCAGCAGCAUUGAACCUUGCCAGACAUCAGUUUCCCAAGUUGUUAACUUGAGAUCAGGCCUGUUGGUUUCUGAGUGUUCUGUCUGCACCAACAGUACUAGGGACUUGUUGGCAAUGCUCUGAUGCCAUUAGGACAAGUGGUUCCUGCAGGCAAUGAUGUUUUGAGUUCCUAAAUCUGAAAACUAGUCUUCAACUUCACAAUUCUAUGGUUCUUAAUAGGUUUGAUGAUUGAGCCCGGUGACUAAGAUGGUAAAGAUUUCACCAAUUGUCGUAGGAGCAGCAGCAGCAGUCGUGUUCGUGGCCGUAGUCAUGGGAUUCUUUUGGUUUUACAAGUCCUGUAAGAGCUUUUCGAAUUCGACAUCGGAGACCGGGUCGUCGGAUCCUUCUGCAUUAGCGGGGUGGAACAGAGGAGCUGGACCUAGUUCAUCAGCUGACCAAUCUUCGUAUGGACCACAAGGAGCAAGGCAGUUCGUAUUGGAGGAAUUGGAACAAGCUACCAAGCGAUUUUCCGAGAGUAAUCUCAUCGGAUACGGAAGUUUCGGUCUGGUAUACAAAGGUUUGCUUCGUGACAUUGUCGUGGCUAUCAAAAGACAUCCCGGUGCUCCCCGAUCAGAGUUCGUUGCAGGGGUAACGUAUUUGUCUGAGAUUCGACAUCGAAAUGUGGUUAGUCUUCUAGGCUACUGUCAAGAAAGUGGAUCUCAAGUGCUUGUCUAUGAAUAUUUACCAAACGGCAGCAUGUGCAAUCAUCUCUAUGAUACCGGACGAGACGCUCCAACUCGAUUAGAGUUUAAGCAGAGGUUAUCGAUCGCUCUCGGGGCAGCUAGAGGUUUAUGCCAUUUGCAUGGCCUGAAACCUCCUUUGAUACACAAGAAUUUCAAAACAGCCAAUGUCUUGGUCGACGAGGACUUCAUCGCUAAGGUUGCAGAUGCAGGGGCCUCGGUGCUACUUGAAAAGAUCGAAGAAGUUGGUCCAUCUUAUACGUCUAGUGCCAACGUAUUCCGAGAUCCAGAGGUGGAAGUAUCAGGGAGUUUCACGGAAUCGAGUGAUGUCUACAGCUUCGGGGUGUUCCUUUUGGAGCUCGUAACUGGACAGGAGCAGGCUGUGCAUAGGAAUUACCUUAGAUCCAAUGAGAGCUUAAUUCAAUGGGUACAAUCAAGGCUGCGUUCCAAUGAUUUCGUGGACAGUCGACUAGCCGGAAGCUUCACCAUGGAUGGCAUUAGGGAAUUGAUCAAGCUGACACUACAAUGCAUGAGUUUCCCAAGGAAAAGGCGGCCGGACAUGAACACGGUUUCAGUCGAACUUGAACGGAUCCAUGAAAAAGAGAUGGAAAUGACAACAGUAAGAGGUGAGGGCACUGCAAAAAUCACUCUAGGCAGUGAGCUAUUUGCAUCGAUAUGAAAAACAAUUCAAACUGUUUAUAAGGAAAAUGGAUAAAGGGUGACAUGUUGUCUUUUUAAGUAAUUCG